GCAGACUGUCAUUGACCUCCUUCUAGAGGAAACUGUGAAAAGUCUUGGGGCUGGCCGGGCGUUCUGUAGCUCGCAGAGGAAUGACCACACCUGCCUUACCUCUCUAUCUAGACUGAUUUGAUGUCCAGAGUCUGUUUUAUAAAGAAGAGGCCGUUUUAAUUUUAUUGAUUGAAGCAGUGUGAAAAAUGACAUACACUAGUGAACGACUUUAUAAUGAGGUGAUCAGGCGGAAUUUGGCUCAUCUUGCAUCAACAGUCAGAGUGAGAGAGAUCUUACCUCACUUGCCAUGCCUCACACUCACCGAUAGGGAGGAGAUUGAGGCCAAGAGAGAAACUGCAGGAAACUACACUGCUAUGCAGAUACUUCUGGACAACCUGCGCAGGCGAGAGAACUGGCCAGAUGAGUUCAUCACUGCGCUGCGGAACUGUGAACACAGAAAACUGGCUGAUGAAAUCAGCGCUGCUUAUGACAGGAUCAGGGGAAUGACAAAUAAUGCAGUUGCUGCUGCUGCUGCGCCUACUCCUGCUUAUCCCUGUUCUGCUGCAGCAACAGUAACCAAAGCUACAAUUCAUACUCACCCGGUGACCACUCCUCCUCUGCUGACUCCACACUCAGUGGUUGCCCCAGCACAUUCAGUUGCCUCAUCCAACACUGCAGCCCAAGUACCACCUCCUGCUGAGGUUCUUCAAGGUCAAGAGACAAAGCGUGUACAGCAAGUACAAGUCCCAACUCCAAUUCCAGCCCCCUCUCCUGAAAUGGCUUUCCAAGCUGAUAUUGCACCUCCAGUUGUAGCUCCCUCCCAAGUGAUUCCCCCAACUGCAGUCUCAGCUUCCAAAGUGACUUCACCUGUUCAGACAAAUUACAUCCCAACCCAUACUGGGAUAACAGAGAACAAAACAACCAUUGUAGAUACCCUAGAUGGCUUGGCUCUAACCAGCCAAACCACCACAACCUCCAUUGAUGGAACAGCCUUCUCCACCUUAAGUGCUCAACCAUCCUCCUCAAACACUUCUCAGAAUCAAACUGCAAGCCCCUGCAACAUCUCUCAGGUUUCUCCGAGGUCAAAUAAAAACCAGGUGCCAGCAGCAGUUAAACAGACUGACGCCUCUGAGAAGCACCCUGUCCAAGACACCAAUCCUCCUUUGAAAGAGCAAAUUGUGGUUCAGGAGUCAGAAGAGAUCUCGGGUCCAACCACAAAUGAGGGGACUAACACUGCUGAAUUGCCAGUCCAAGCCCAAACAACUUUCACCAGAACAGCGCAAGCAACAUGUUCUCGCCCUACUGAAGUAGGUACUUACAGCCCCUCUUCCAUUGACCAGGAGUAUUUCAGCAAGCCUAACAUCCUUCAGCAUCCAGCAGAAGCUCUUCCUGUUUCGGAAGAGGAGCCUUGCUCAGUGGUUUCAGAUGACUUAGAGAUCAGCAGGUCAACAGAAUGUUCCACAGAGAUUGGACAGUCUUGUCUAGCAGAGCACCCAAGCAUUGAGUCUAACAACUCCCCUAAAACAUUUCCUUCUGCUAUGAUGCCAGUAGAGUGUGUUGGUGACCCAAAUCUCAACACAGGGUCUCUCUCUAACGCCAAUGAAACUUCUAUUCACACUGCUUGCCUUGAGGCAGCCUUUCAAUCCUUACAUGAAAAUGGCCCUCCACUGAAUGCUCCUUUGUCUCCUAACCAGCCUGAGGAGGACGACUAUGAAUCUCUCUGUGAGAGUCAGACAGAACCAGGAACGCUGAUGAAAGUCAUUCAUAUUGCUGAGGAACCAUCUGCUGAAAACCUGAGUGGUCAGCCUCCAAGUAUUCUGGGCAAUGCAGUCAACCCAGGUGGAGUGUCAGCAAAUGUCAAACACCUGUCUUUUCUGAGGACCAACAUCUCGGAGGACAAACCAACCAUGAACCAUCAAAGCACUGAAAACGUAGUUCAUCUCCAUGAGGCGGAAGCAUCAGAGCAGCACCAGGAGCAAGAGUCCAAUGCCACUAGACAAGCGAGCAAUCUACAGUUAGAGCAGAGAGAAGAGGGCAGGGCAUUAUUUCAGAUAAACAACUUCCAUCUUUGUGCUGUUGCAGGAAUUGGUCUGACUGCCAUUUUCCUGGCCUGGAAGCUUAAUCAUUAACUCUAAAGUCUUAAAGCGAUUGUUCACCCACAAAUGACAUUUCUGAUAUUAUCUCCUCACCCUCAUGUUGCACAAAACCCAUGUGAUCUUUUACUGUGGAACACAGACUUAUUUAGCAGAAUGUUCAGCAUGCUCUUUUCCCAUACAAAAAAAGAGUGAAGUAAAUGUUGCUGUCAAGCUCCUCAAAGCUAAAACAUACUAUAAAAGUGGUCCAUUUUGUGAGCUAUAUAAUCAAAGUCUUCUAAAGCCACACAAUUGCUUUGUUUUGGGAAUAGACUGAAAUUUAAGUCGCUAUUCAUUGAAAAUCUUGCCUUCUACUCUAUAUUGGUUUUGUCCCUACAUAUUUAUUUUCUCUAUAUAUAAUCCUUGCACGUCACGUGCCUUUAUAUAUGCCAUGUAUGCCAGGAUCAGUGAUCAAUUAAGACCAUUGACUUCCGUUACACUUGUAAAGUAAGAUACAUUUAGGCUACCUAAAAUAAAUGGAAUGACCUGUACAUGUAAAAUUAUAUGGAGAGCCCAGUUUUCCAGGUAUUAUAAUAUACAACAAUUCGUUGUACAGUCAGUUAUGAAACAUUGCAAGAACCCUGUGUGUGACAGACCAUGAAACUAAGGGGCUAUUGCAUAACUUCGGUUGCUCAUUUAUGGAACACUCACUCAAGAACUACAUGGACUGUACAACUGCUUCAAUCCCUUCCUUUAGUGCAUCACAAAUUCGCAUUCACUGAUGCUUAGAACUCUUUUUCCAUCACUGUCCCACUUGUGAAUUUCUGUGAGCAAUCUGAUCCAUGUGAGACUGUCCAACAGGCACUUGCAAUUUUACUGAAACAUUCACUGGCUCAAACACAGGCUUGAGGCUGUCCACUGUUGACAGAAUCAAAUGUUGUUAAAUGUACUUAUAUUGGAGUAACUGUAAAGAUGGAUAAAGCAGAAUUGCAAACACAACCAAAGUACCAUGUGUGGAGGAAAAAAAACAGUUUAUGUAUCAAUACUGUAUAGUAUUGUCACAGUUCAUUUGUACUUUAAUCACAGAGAAAACUGAUAAAUGAUGAGCAAAGCAUAAAGUGCUUAUGUAUAAAUCGGUGAACCACCUCAUAUUGUGAGUCAACAUGGUAUUUUAAUGCAUGAAUUGUGCAUAUUGAAUGCAUAAAUGACAUCAGAAAUCUCAGAAAUAGCACUUUUAUCUACACUUUUUAAAACAGGUGUGUAGUGUGAAAUUCAGUUAUGUAUGAUUGAACAUAUUUAAAAUGAAAUUAUUAUAGUCAUGUUACUAAUGAUCUUUUAAACAUUCUUCAGAGCCUGCUCAGUUGGAUACUGUGUUUCAGGGGAACUUUUAAAGUAGGGUCUUUGAAUGAAUGUUUAUACACUGUUUUGCUUUUUUGUGUACCGGCCUUGACCGUGUCCAGUCUUAAUGAUUUCCAAAAAAAUUUCUGAAAUAAAAUGUCAUACCUUGA